UCAAAUAUUUCUGUGAAAUUUGCUGACGGCGUGCUAAAUUGGCAAGUCAGCGAAAACAUCUAAAUUAAUUAUAAAGUCAAUGAAAAUUUGGUGUUUUUUUGGUCAGUCCAUAAGUUCAUGUUUCUUUUGGCAAUUCGUGCAAAGUUGAGGGUUUUUUUGGCCGAAUUCUCAUUUCGUGCAAACAAUAGUUUGUUAAAUAUUUCACCUAAAAUGUCAUGGAGCAUGCAUAAAUUUUACGAAAUGAGUCUUGUGAUACUUAGCAUAAGACCAAAUCGAAAAGUCUGAAUAACACUCUAUUGUUUAAAGAAAUUGAUGAGUAUAACAAACUCUCUAUUCUGAAUUAAAUUACCUAUCAAAAACUUUUGAUACUUAGAAUAGAUGAGUCUUUUUAUCUUUACGAAAUGAGUCUUAUUCUAAUAUAAAGUGUAGGUUAACUACAAAUUUUCCUUAAACAAUGGUCAAUGCCAUGUUUUGAUGAAUAAUUUGUCUAUUUGUGUUGAUAAAGCAUUUGGUUAAAAAUUCACAAAAGAUAUGUAAAUUGUUUUCUCAUGUAUGUAAUGUUUGUGUUUUGGUCAAUUAUGUAGUUGUGCUUUGGUUGAUUGAAUUAUAUUAUUGUGUUUGAAAUUAUUUGUCAUUGCGGGGAUAGCUCAGUUGGGAGAGCGUCAGACUGAAGAUCUUAAGGUCGUGUGUUCGAUCACGCUCCCCGCAUUGUUGUUUAUUUGUUUUCUUGGAGCAAAAUCAUGACAUGCUCUGGAAGUUACCGUCUCCACUUCCUUGUAAAUAUGUGCUAACAUCAAGUCUCAUGUGUUCUGUGGUUAUAACUCUGAAUCAUCAACUACAACUGCUUUUAGGUUUGUCGUAUUUAUUAGCAAAACCUCCAAAUAUAAAACAUUAAUACUUUGGUUAAUAAUUUAGUUAAACGCUCUUCGAGGGAGAUAUUUAUCAAGUGUGUGAGUUGCAAGUACAUCCUAGAAAACACUAUUUGUUUGAAGAAGGCGGCACUCUGCUCAGAAUCUACAGCGAAACAUGGGAUUUGAAGGAGCUAAAAUGUGUAGCCAAAGGUUCUAUGACAUGUCAGCUUAUACUCGCACUGAACAAAGUAAAAAUGCAGGUGCAGUAGCUAACAUAUAUUUGAUUUGAAAGUUUUGUAACCAGACAGACAAUGCAUCAUAGUUCAUGAAUUGUAUAUCCGCAACUAGGUCUAAGUCAAAGUGUCCACUAUAAGUUUGCAAGCUAUCUCUUUAGUUGAAUCUGUAACGAUUACAACCAUGAUACAAUCAGGGGAGAAUAUACAUGGACAAAGGGCGGGGGAGUUGCCCACCAUGACUUUUAAAAUUUCAACGUAUUUUCUUUAAAUUUUAGUGAAUGCCCCUAUGUAUAUACAAUACUUUGUUAAUAAAUUUUAUGUUUGCUCCGGAACAAAAUAAUUUCUAGAUUCGUCACUGAUUUUAAUUUAGAAUCUCUCAAAACGGAGUCUCUACAAUCCCAUGUAAAUUUGCAGAACUAAUUCCUCACAAUUCACAAACUCUUGGCGUUUUUAUUCUCAACGAUACAAUUCACAGCAUCCCUCUCCCCUAUAAGGCUAUAACCUAUCAGUCCAACAAGGAUGUCCCUUUCAUGGUGUUAUAUAAUAACCAAACAUUUAUUUGAUUCAUUCCCAACUGAUUCGUAUUUUCCAUUCGCAUAUGAUUGCUGGCUUCAGGUAACACACAGAUUAUGGGUAUGAAUGGUGACUAAGGAACGACGAGGAACAAAUGCAUUCCCUAACAUUCCUUAAAAAAAUCAUCAUUCAUAAGGAAUAAUUUUUUCUUCUCAUUCCCUACCAUUCCUUUUUUUGUAGAGAAAUAAAGAGUAAAUUAAUUCCUUGUUAAAUAUGGGAUGGAACAACCAUUCACUUUCAUUCCUUCAAUUAUAUUCCUCUCCAUUCCUUUUCUAUUCGUUCCUCUUGUUUCCAGAAUGGUCACCAGUCGGACCCAUAUAAUACAUACUCAACAAAAUGCAUUUGUCCCUUUUAUUAAUACCGAGAAAUGAUCAUUCUACUCUCUUUUCUAACAUGUAUAUAACUUAUAUUGCUUGGGCUUCCACGAUCCCAACACUUUUGUUUAUUUUUAACAAAUAUUACUUCUUUUUCUUACCUUUAAGAAUAGAAAUAUUCAGAUUAUUAUGCACUUCUGUCUUCAUUACAAAAUUAAUCUUAAUUAAACGAUGCUUAAAUUGGAAAAAUAGUCACACUUUUACUUUGAAACGAAGUAAAAAGAAAACACGUUAAGUGCAAUUGUUGAUGGUGUCACCGCCAAGUUCGUCCAAAGGCACACCCCUUCCCCAACAUGGACCUCAAUAAUCAAUUAACAUCAUAGCCCCUUUAUUAAGCAAGCAUUUGACUUUUUACUCCUAUAAAUCCCCAAUCAAAAUUCAAUUCUCAUCAUCACAAACACAAUCAACUCUCUCUCCUUCUCUACUCAAAAACCAAAAGGAUACAAACAUGGAAAUCUCAAAAACCCUUUUGCUAGUGGUUUCUCUUGUGGCUGCAACUUGUUUCUUGCAAGCCAGGGCAGCUGGAGUUUACUGUAGCAACCCUUACUCUAAAUGUUACCGCAAGUACAUUGAAUGUCCAGAGGAAUGUCCAAGCACAACUGCUAUGAACUCCAAGUACAAAGUUUGCUAUGCCGAUUGUGAUAAACGCCCUUGCACAUCCCAAUGCCGCAUGCGGAAACCGAACUGCAACAGACCUGGAUCAGCUUGUUAUGACCCUAGGUUCAUUGGAGGAGACGGCAUUGUGUUCUACUUCCAUGGAAAGAGCAAUGAAGAAUUCAGCCUCGUCUCUGACUCUGACCUUCAGAUCAAUGGUAGGUUCAUUGGCCACAGACCCGCUGGUCGUGCCAGAGACUUCACAUGGAUCCAAGCUCUCGGGUUCCUCUUCAACUCCCACAAAUUCUCUCUUGAAGCCGCCAAAACCGCUACAUGGGACAACGAAGUCGACCAUCUCAAGUUCACUUUCGAUGGCCAAGACUUAUCUGUCCCGGAAGAAACUCUCUCCACCUGGUACUCACCAAACAAGGACAUCAAGAUCGAGAGAGUGACUUCGAGAAACAGCGUGAUCGUGACAAUCAAAGACAAAGCCGAGAUCAUGGUCAACGUGGUUCCAGUGACGAAAGAAGACGACAGGAUCCACAGCUACAAAGUACCAUCAGAUGACUGCUUUGCACAUCUCGAGGUUCAGUUCAAGUUCUUCAACCUUUCACCAAAGGUCGAUGGAAUCUUGGGACGAACCUACAAACCUGAUUUCCAGAACCCUGCUAAGCCUGGGGUUGCAAUGCCAGUGGUUGGUGGUGAAGACAGCUUCAAGACCUCAUCUCUCCUCUCCAAUGACUGUAAAACUUGCAUUUUCUCUGAAUCACAGACGGAGAUUGAGUCCGUUAAGUCAGAGAUUGAAUAUGCAGCGUUGGAUUGCACCCGUGGAGCGUCUUCUGGAUACGGAAUCGUGUGCAGGAAGUAAGGAAGUCGUAUAAAAACUUUGCUUACAAGAAGAAUAAGGCCAGAGAGCAGUAGCUUCUGCUGGAUAUCUUACAAAGUAAAAUAAUUGUCAUGAAAAGAUGUUAUAUGUACUUGAUAUUUACUACUUUGAAAUGCGUUUUCUAUUGUAUCAUCCACCAUGUAUUCUAUUUUGUAUAAUUGUAUUAACUUAAUCAUUAUUAAUAAUAUAUAUUACUAUUAGAAAUUGCUUAAUUAUCAACAAGUUCAGGUAGAAGAAAGAGACAAAUAUUGUUGAAGAGUUGCAGACGAACGCAUGAUUCAUUAUAACUAAUUCAACAAUAAUCAAUAGCGGGGAUAGCUCAGUUGGGAGAGCGUCAGACUGAAGAUCUGAAGGUCGCGUGUUCGAUCCACGCUCACCGCAUUAUUUAUAUUUUUAUUUGUCGCUUUAACGUGUCAUGCGUGCGGUGCUAGGUGUUCUUCUUCUGUUCUAUAUCGAUUAUGUGCCUCCGAUUUAGUUUUCUGGCAGAACAUGUAUCAUAGCUUAGUUUUAUUGUUGUCAUAUAAAAAAAGAUUUCUAAUCUGUUGGGAGAGCGUGAAGAUUUGAAAGUCGUGUGUUGUUCGAUCCAUGCUCACCGCAUUAUUUUCCUUUUUAUUUAUCACCUAAACGUGUCACCGGUGUGUACUCAAAGUCUAAAACGAAGUAGUUGUCGCCCUGCAGUGAUAAAUAAAUCCAAAGAAUUUACACAAUUAAACAAGCUUGCACGCGGUGCUAAUUGUUCCUCUUCUGUUCUAUAUCGAUUAUGUAUCUCCGAUUUGGUUUUCUGAACCGGCAUAACAUGUAUCAUAGCUUAGUUUUAUUGUUGUCAUAUAUAUAAAAAAAGAUUUCUAAUCUGUUUAGAAAAAAUAAUACUCCCCCUAUAUUACAUAAUAAAUCACAUCCAUUUUAAAAUGUGAAACUAAGUCACGUGAAUGAACUAGUCUUUAACUAUGUGUUUUACUCCAAAGUCUAUUAAAAGCUAAUAAGAAAUACAAAAUUAAAAUCAUGAAACUAUAUAGACAUUAUCAUAAGAAAAAUUUAAAAUUAAAAUAAUAAUUUAGUACUGUAAUCAUUUCAGUGCAAUAAAUAUUUGAUAUCGAAAACAAAUGCGAUCAAAAUAAUUUUGGAGAUACUCAUCUUCGUAGGUUAUUAUCUAAAUUGUUUUGAGUGUUGUAUUAAAUUGAUAUAUAUAUAUAUAUAUAUAUAUAUAUAUAUUUUUUGAUGGCAUUAAAUUGAUAUAUAUAUAAAUAUAUAAUAGCAUAGACUUACGUUAAGGACUUUGGUAUAAAAUCUUUAAACUAAUUUUCAUACAUUUUAGACAAAAUAAUGAAAAAUGAUUUCUUACCUAUUUAUGUAUGAACAUAUGUUUGCAUUUGUUUUUUUCUUUCAAAUUACCCUAUCAAGAUAUAAAUUUUUUUUUUGAAACUGAUGUUGCAGACAGUAAGGAUAUUAUUUUUUCAUUAUUUCUUUGGGCUAACUAAUUUUGUUAACAUUAAUCGAUAUGACGAAGAAAAUAAUAUUUACAAUAUUUUCUAAUUAAAUUAUUUUAUAUAAAUUUAUAUAUUGAAAAUAAUGUUUCCAUUGUCAAUGUAACAAUUACUCACGAGUUUAAUUUGUGAUUUUUGUAAGAAACAUAUUUCAUUCAAAAUUUUAAAUUGGAAGAAUAGUUUUAUUUUUAUCGUAUCUUGAUACAUUAUGAAUUAUUAUAGAGGAUGAUAUAUUCCUAUCUUUGAUCCAAUCUUUUAACCAACUAUAUUGUUAUUUUCCCUUAUAAUAGCAACACACACAUGUGACAAAUUGCAUAAUUUUACAUGGAACGUGAAAACUUGUACAUCACUUCUAUCAGUUUUUUAUAGUAAAAUCAUUGAUAAGUAUUUAUAUUAUACAAAAAAUCAGGUAACAUAUAUAUAAUUAGUGGCAUAACCUAAAAUAAAUAACUAAAGAGUAUUGUAAUAUUUAAUCUUAUAUUAGACUAAAAAAACGUCUACACUUUUGGUUCUACUUAUAUAUACAAUUAAUUUCAUACCUAAGAUCUUUUAUACAUAAUAAUCAGGAUACUAUUUUUUAAUAUUCGUUAUGAUAAUUAUAUAUGUGUGUAUAACUAAUUUUAUUUCUUAUGUAACCAGUAAAUAGAAAGCAAAUAUAAGUUUUAGAAUAAAAUAACCGGGUAGUUGAGAAUUUUGGUAAAUAAGGAGAUAAAUAUGAAACAACUCUUUGAUUGAUUAAUGUAUCAAAUGCAAAGUACAAGAAAGAAGAAAUUAGCCAUAAUCAAUUAAUAUAUGCUAAAUAUCUAAUUCUUGUUCUUAAUCUUUUCUCUCUUUCUCUUUUUCUUUUGUAGUUGUGUUUCCCCUUCCUCUCUUGUAUAAUUGAAUUUAAUGUAUACUAUAUUAGAUAAUAUUGAUCUGAUAAAAACUAAAAGGUGUUCAACUGCAAGAUAAAGUUAACAACAAUUCUUGAAAAUGAUAUCCUAAGUAUUCUAUUAUUUAAUAGAAAAUUAUCUCGACAACCAACUGAAAACAACAUAAUCAUAGCCUUUUCGCUAGCAGCAAACAAAUUCGUACACGAUAAAAUUCUUUUUUUUUUACACGAUAAAAUUUUAGAUGUACAAAACAUACCAACCUUAUUAUUACGUGUAUAUGAAAACUUGCUUGACCUACAAUAUACUUAUUUUAAUUUUCUAUUUCUCUUAUUGUGUAUUACAUUAUAUAAUUUUUCUAAUUUGACCAAUAUUUUUUUUGAGUUUACACAAAUUAACUUCAGUUCGAUGAUGCUUUCAUAUACCACUGGUAACAUAGUCUUACAUCAUAAAAUAAAUAUAACAUCUAAUAAUAUUAUUUUAUUACUUAAUUUUGUUUUUUGAAAUACAACAACAGAUGUCAGAAAAACAUUUUCCAAUUAACUGAAAGCUCAUAGCUCCACAAAACCUCUCGCAUUUGUCUUCGUCGUGAUUACAUGCUUUGUAACAUUUUUUAUACUCAUGCUUAACUCCAAAAUCUAUUCAAAAUAA